UAGGAACCCUGUCAUCUUUGUUGACCCAGCAUGUGUUCUGUCCAAUAUUUACCCAUUAUGGGUCAAAAAUAACCCAGACAUUUUUAGAGUAUAUACUGUGAGUGAUAAAUCAUUGUGAACCUGCAUUAGAACAAUGAGUCACAACCAAUCAUUAAAAAUCAUUAUUGUAAUUAUCAAGCUGUAAAUUAAAUUACAGAUCUCAGUUUAUGUCUAACAUUUUAUUUUAUUUUUUAAUUUAUUAAUCUUUUUAUAUCCAGUUUUAUAUUCUAAACAUCCAUAUUCUGUCACCCUACAUCACAUUCCCUUUUGUCCCUUCAGUGAUGCUAUAGUUGCUGUGUCCGUGUUUAAUGGAGGAUUGGCUUAGAUUAGCUGUUGGAGAUAGCCUUAAUCUGUCUUAGUCACUGAGACACAGUUUAUAAGAGAAGAGCUGAGGGUAAUUACACAGAGUGCCAGAAUACAGAUGGCUUUUAUAUGUAAGUAAACCAUAGAAAAAGAGUGUUAGAGAGAGAAUCAUUACGGAAAAAAAUUUCUUUAGACAAAGAGUUAUAGAUGGACAGUCAAGGUGUCAAAGAGUUACAGGGUGAAGAAGAAAUAGAACAGGAAUUGGUGUCAUAUACAGAAGAAGAGAGGGAAAAUGAUGAGGUGAAAGAGGAUAAGGAAGGUAUGGCAGAAAGACAGGGAGAACAGGACCGAGAGGAGCAGAGAGAUAUAGAGGACUGGAAUGGAUUUAUUGCAGGAGAAGAAGAUGCUGCUGAAGAGGAGAUAGUCCCGGACUGGAAACCAGGAGACCCUGUGACCCCUCAGUAUGUCCUAACACUACCAGGAUAUACAGACGACUACUUGUGCUGUCCAGAAGACAACAUCUACAAUAUUCGCUUCUCACGUUUCAAAAUAAGAGACCUGGAGAGUGGAUCAGUCAUUCUGGAUUUAAAAAGACACUGUCCAACAGAAAUAAAGGAUGUCAUAGAGCUGGAUGCAGGCCGCUUCAUUCAGUAUCAUUUCACUCCGGCUUUUCUAAGUCUGAGAGAGAUUGGAGCUUUGUUGGAGUUUACAGUGGGUGGUAAAGCAGUAAACAAAUUUCGACUUAUUGAGCGACAUUACUUCAGGGAUCUACUGCUGAAGACAUUUGACUUUGAGAUCGGUUUUUGUAUUCCACACAGCAGAAACACCUGUGAACACAUUUACUGCUUACCAGACCUGGAUUCACACGCAGUUGCAGAGAUGAUCACUCACCCAUUCGAGACCCGGUCAGACAGCUUUUACUUUGCCAACAACACACUGAUCAUGCAUCAUAAAGCAGAGUACUCUUUCAACCAAGGGCUGGAGCUCUAAACACAUCAGAGUAUCAAUCAUAUUAUAGCAACAAGUCACAGCUCGAGCUGCCAGAUAAAUAAAACAUCUUGAGGAUCCAAAACAGGCCUUUAAUGUUUCUCUUUUUCUCUAUUAUCCUGUUCUGGGGCUCAUAAACAUCCUCUCUAUUUUUAUCACAAAACAAUGCACAUGACCCUUUCCUCUUAUCAGGGGGUCUUACAAUUGACAUAAACACAGUUACAAAAGAAAAUUUGUUGUAUUAUUAUUUUAUAUAUAUUUAAAUGGUAGGCCUAUAGCUUGACAUUUCACUGUCAGUACUCAUCCUUUAUUAUUUAUUUAUUUUGUUAUUAUUUAUUUUCCUGCUAUUAUAUAUACUUAGGCUAUUAGUCUAUCUGUCUGUUUGCAUAUUUGUCUCCUUUACCAUAGAAUGCUGUUAAAAGAUGUUUUAAACUUACGUUACUCACCAGUGUUAGUUUAAGUUUGAAAAAAAAUGGUUGUUUAUGUGAACUGAUUAAAAACUGAGGACUUCAAGUUGUUGGCA